CGUGUUAUCAUUCGAUCGUUUUCGCGACGCGAGGUGAGGGCUUUUCUCGUCGAUUUUCAGGGCAUUUCCUCUAGAAAACGACGAACUUAGCAUAAUUUUCGUCAUGGAAAGCUGAAAUCCUCUAAACUGUGUGCUGUAAAUCGAAUCCUUAGUCACAUUUGUGCAAUUCCGACGGCGCACUUGAUACUGAUGUCAUGUGCGAUCUGGGACUCAGUACACAUCUGUAAAUAGUUCCGAUGUGCAAUCAACAGUACUUUUCCUUUCUGAGAAUUAAUCAGUACUAUUUCCAUUUUGGGUCCGCGGGGAUGAAGCACAUAUCCACGACGCCAGCCCAGACCGGAGGAAAACCAAGUGAUACCCUAGUGAAAUGAAAUACAAAGUGUGAUCCUAACCUUUUUUUGUUUUUUUCGUUGUUUUUUUGUUUCGUUGUCCGCGGUUUCGUCUCUUUUUCUUUUGUUUCGUUUUUUUUUUUUUUUUCGUUUUCGCGGAGUUUCUUCCGGCUGUGAUAUUCCCGGUUUUUGUUUACGUUUUGACUCGUGAGGUGUUUGCGUGCUCGGGACCGAUAUGAAUGGUAAAAUGAAUUGUUUUAAGCUUCUGUGUUUGCUGACGUUUUUUGGAAUAGUUGUCACCGCUGACGAGGAGGAAGAGAGACUGCCCGCCAACUGUCCCAGUGAAGUUUACUGUCAUGGAACACUUUUGCACACGGUACAGAUGGCAGGUCUUUACCAUGACUCGAAAACGUUCGUAGAUAUGAAGAUGAAAUUCUCUCCCAACGAGACGGUGGGGAUGUUCGCGGAGCUGAUGAAGCGAACGGAGAGCCGGCCGUCGCGGCUGCAGCUGGAGCUGUUCGUGAACGAGACGUUCGAGCCGCCGGGGAGCGAGUUCGAGGCGUGGGACCCGUCCGACUGGGUCCAGACGCCGGGCUUCCUCGGGCGCGUCAAAGACAAGGAGCUGAGCGAGUGGGCCGCCCAACUCAACGACCUCUGGAAGUUCCUCGGCCGGAAGAUGCGCGACGACAUCAAGCACCACCCCGAUCUCUACUCCAUCAUCUAUGUCCCCAACCCCGUCAUCGUCCCCGGAGGACGAUUCAGGGAGUUCUACUAUUGGGACUCCUAUUGGAUUAUCAGGGGUCUGCUGCUGUCGGAGAUGUACCACACAGUGCGAGGGAUGCUGGAGAACUUCCUGACGAUCGUGGAGGAGUACGGACUCAUCCCGAACGGCGGGCGGGUCUACUACGCCAAGCGCUCCCACCCACCGCUCCUCAUCCCGAUGGUGAAGAGCUACUUGGACACAACGAAGAACAUCACCUUCCUCCGGGCCAACAUCGAUACCAUGGAGAAGGAGUUCCUCUUUUGGAUGACCAACCACACCGUCAAGGUCGAGAAAAACGGCAAGUUCUAUACCCUCGCCAGGUAUAAGGACUCGUCCUCGGGACCUAGACCCGAGUCGUAUAGGGAAGACUACAUGAGCGCACAAAUAUUUAGAUCUGACAAAGAAAAAGAAUCUUAUUACUCAGAACUUAAGUCAGCUGCUGAAUCCGGCUGGGACUUUUCAAGUAGAUGGUUCGUGCUGAACGGCACAAACAAAGGCAACUUGACUAAUGCUAAAACGACAUACCUACUACCAGUGGAGCUAAAUGCGAUCCUGUAUUGGAACGCGGUUCUACUAUCGGAGUUUUUCCGGACGCUAGGCCAAGCCGAGAAGGCUAUCAAAUAUGAGGAACUUAGCAAGGAUUGGAUGGAGGCCGUGACAGAGGUGCUGUGGCACGAUGAAGUGGGUGCCUGGCUCGACUAUGAUAUCGUCAACGAAGUCAAGAGGGACUACUUUUACCCGACCAACAUCUCACCGCUCUGGACUGGGUGCUUCGAGAAAAACAAGACUGAAUACUUCACUGCAAAGGUGAUGAAAUAUUUGGAGAAAACACAAAUAAUGGUGAACUUGGGUGGCAUUCCUACGACGCUCGAGCAUUCUGGUGAACAGUGGGACUAUCCGAACGCAUGGCCACCACUCCAAUAUAUUAUGAUCAUGUCCCUGGAUGCUACUGGUGACAGUUGGGCCCAAGACCUUGCUUAUGAAAUGAGUGAACGAUGGGUCAGAUCCAAUUUCAAGGCCUAUAAUGAAACAGGAAUUAUGUAUGAAAAGUAUGAUGCGACUGUACCCGGUGGACACGGAGGUGGUGGUGAAUAUGAAGUACAAAUGGGUUUUGGAUGGACCAAUGGAAUCAUUAUGGAACUGUUGGACAAAUAUGGGGAACGGAUGACGGCAGAAGACAGGUUUAUUGAACCACCCCAGCAAGAGCACAGUAUCAGAUCGUCAGCGCUAUCUCUACAAAGUUCACUGUCUGCAGAAACGCAGGUUCUUACAGUAAUCUUAGCCCUCAUAGCAACACUAGCAGCAGGAUUCAUUGGGUGAGAUAUUUUCAACAUUUGUUUAAUUGUGGAGUAUCGUUGUUCAGGUAAUGUGAUCAAGCAUGGCGUUGUUCGUUUUGAGCCCAGUGUAUGUAUAGCAGGUCAGAUGUAUCAUAAAAUUACUUUAUUGCUGUUGUCCUAGUGGUUCUGGCCUGUUUUGUUUUCCAUACUACUGUUGUUUUCUUCUUCUUCUUUUCUGUCUCUUCUUUGUAAUCUAUUCAUCUUUUCAUCACUUUUCCCUGAAGUCAUUACCGUCUGUGAAAGUGUAAAGAUAGGAAUUAGGGCAAAACUGCAACGUCUCGGCUCGACCUCCAGAUUUUAAGGAAGAUUAUUCCAUUUCCUGUUUUUUGUGCACUGAAAUUGGUGCAGGAUGACAGGGGAAUCUGGAUGUUCAAAUGAUGAUCAAAUUACUGGGGGAUUCGUUUAACUUCCUUAAAGUUAGGAGGAAAUCGUAUGACAAGAAAAGAAAAUCCAAAAAUAAUUCAAAAAGUAACAUUUAGCUCUGCAGAUUAAUUCACCGUUUAAAACCAGUAUAUCUUUUACCUGACUUUUUAUCUGCAGAUUUUAAACCAAAAAAAUUAUGUUACUUUGUUGUCUUAUUUUCCUGAAAAACUGAAAGUGUUUUCCCACCGGUGAAGUACCAAACUGAAACUAAUAUCAAAAAAUUUUCUCAGCUACUGCUGGUGUUUUUAGUUAACUGAAGGCAGAAAUUGCUACUUUUUCUUUGUUGCAACUCAGCCUUUCUUGAGCAUCAAAAUAGUAAAAAAACAUUGCUUGUCGUGUAAUUCAGUGAAUUUUGACCAGAGUGGCAUUAUCUUCGAAGGAUUCGGUGCUUUUGAUUUUCCUGUCAACUUUUCGGAGUUUCCUUUCCCCCAUUGUAAAUAUCCGUAACUUGUCAGAUCAUUCAUCUAUCUCUCAGGGUUGAAUCUCAUAAGACACUCAUCUUAAGAUUACUGUAGCACGGUGUAUUCAAAAUAAAUAGUUCACCCAAAGCUGCCAUUUGCGGUAAAAAAUACCAAUACUUCAUGUAAUUUGUUGUCUCUUUCACCAAGGAACGCAUCUUGUUUACGCUUGUUUCAGUAAUUCUACAAACAUUAUAUUUUUUCAUGGGAAAACCGUCGCACGAAAUAGUCUGAAAAUUUCAGAUUCUAUUCUAACAAAAGUAAAGAAAAAUCACUUCAACAUCAAGAAAAUUCAUAUGGACAGUUGUUCUAUAAAAAAAUAAAAUGUAAGUAGAAAAUACUGAAACAGCGCAAUGGAGAUAUGUUCCUUUGUGUGAGAAACGAGGAAUUGCAAGUUGGGAAUUCUUCAUUGCAGACGGGAGUUUGGUCUGAGAUCCUCUUUUCAUUCCUAUGGCAUCACAAGGCUCGUGUGUCAUGGGACCCUUGCGCUCUUUGUUAAUACCAAAACAAGUAGCCUUAAGGUCCUAGUUUUAAGUUAUCUAGUCCAGAACACUUCUUAUUUAUUUAUUAACCCGUUCAUUUUGUUUAUUUUAACGAACUGUAUGGGUUUUGCUAAAAUUAGGUAGUUCAAUUACUUAAAAGAUAUAGAGGAGAAGUUAAACUGAGCAAUUACAAAUUGAGUCAGUAACUCAAGUUAAUUAAUGGAUGCGACAAUCAACUCGGAUUCUUUCUUUGUCAACUUCUUUCUAUUCGAUUGAAGGAAAAGUUUUGCCAAUUUUCCAUCGUAUUUUUUGUAAGUUUUUAUCUGGGUUUAAAACGCUAUCAAAUUUUUUUCCGACCCCAUUCUUUUAAGUACCUUUUUUUUACAUCUGUUCAAGUAGAGAGCAUCAUAUUUCUGUUUCUUUAGCGGCUAUUUGGGCUUAAAAAAUUAUUGGUUGCAAUUUCACACUUCUUCAGUGACUGAUUAAAUAUUUUUAUGUUUCUUUUUUAAUGUGUAAUGAUAUCUUCUUUUAUAAGGAUGUAGUUUUGCUCUUGAUUGCAAAAGCAUCUAUGAACCACUAAAUCAAGCUUCUUCCUCACCGAUUAUAGCCACAAAACAAGUUUUAAUAGUAGAUUUUCAUUUGAUAAAUCUUGUUGUUUGCUGGGAAUUUGUUUCCUAUCAUUUCAUUGCUUUCUAUGCCCCCUUUUAUUAUUCUUUUCCCUCAUUCUACUUACUAUCAUCACUCAAAAUAUUUAGACCAAUCCUAAGUAUAUUUUCUACUAGAAGAAACUAGCAGAAUAAAAGAAUUUUAAAUUAAGUCAAUCAGCUGAAUCAUGUCGUUUUGUUACAUCCAUCAAAUUAUUAGUAUGUAUCUCCGACACACCAAGUGAUCGUUUAAUAACAAUUAAUUGAUCAAAUUCACAAUGAUUUUUGCACUCUUUCCUCUCUCAAAUUUUUUUUAAAGCGAAACUUUACAGUCCUGUAUGUUAAGCACUUUUUCUACAAAAAUAUGUCGAGGGUUUUUUUUUUUUUUUUAAAUUAGACUAAGCAAAGAACGGAAAUGUUGAUCUAUAAGUAUUAGAGCCUCUGAAUUUUAUCGAUCAAAAUUAAUGGUACCAAUGUGCCUGAUUGUUCCUAUAUUUAUGAAAUUUUAUUUUGAAAAUCGAUCCAUUUUUUUAUUCACAUUAAGCAAACAGGAUUCGCUCCUGACAUCUGUUUAUUUAUUUAUUUAUAUAUCUAAUCUUACGUAUUGUAAAAUCACGUAUUUUUUCCACUAUGACUGAGAAUUGUUUUCAUUUUUCUCUUGACCAAAUUUACAGAGGAAAUACCUCUCUUUUUAGUCUAGCCAUUUGGGCUAUUUUGUAUACGUGUAAUUUAAUUAGAAAAAUACUAACAAAUAUUUAUGCUUCCUUAAUUUUUGGCCUCCUGAUAGCUCACCAAUUCUAUCUCUAAUUCUUGAUUCUGUUGAAUAUUUUCAGUAGUGAGUAUUAAAAGAUGGUAGUUUCAGAAUUUGAAUCUCGGUUUGAUAGAUCUUUUUUUAGAUUUUCGUUUUUCAUUCUCUGCAAUUAUAUCAGUCUUCCGCUGUCUAAAAAUGCAAUUUUUCAAAUUAGGAUCAUCUUGUAAUGUAAGGUUUGACUGCUCUCCUUUUGUAAUGUCCUGCAACUUAGACAGAUAAUACAUUUUACCCUUCAUUUAAACAAGUACCGCAAGUGCCCGCAGGCAAAUCUGACCUAGCAUUUAACGGAAAUAAAUCCUGCCUAUUACAAAAGAGCGACUCUCCCUAAUUAGAAAAAUUCAUAAUCUAGACUUAUUUACCACUAAUCACUAACCCUCAAAAACUCUUUUUUAUUUCCAUCUCAUAAUGAAUCUCAUGCAUGACUUUAUUUGUCCAAUAUCAUUAAUAGAAAAACAGAAAUGAUGAAGUUACGAUCAGUCUCUUUGCCAAAUUCAAACAACUUUGCCGAGUCCCCAUGUUUUUUACAUAGUCCUUAGAAGGUCAUCUGCUCUCAUGAAUACGGACUUGAUGCUAUCAUAAUGUCAGUUUAAGGUGAUUUUAAGAGAUUUAGGGACAAGAUGCACCACCACAUUUCGCUGUUACACAGUUUGUAUUUUUGAGAAGCAAUAAUUAUCACAACGCACAAGUUAUGCAAGAAGCUGAUCCAUAACUUGUGGUUGUAUGUCGUCAAUUUUUUGAAGACUCAGAGAUUCUUGGUGUAAGAGACAGAUAGCAAUGUAAUAUCUCUCUCUCUUUCCUACACAUUGAAUCAAUGAAGAACCACAGUUAUGGUAGUUUCUGAUAUGAAUUUUUAAUGAUUUUUCUCAAAGCAGAUUUCGUACUACUCAGUAUUAUUGCUGCUACAUGUUAUUGAUCAGUUUCUUGCAUUUAUUUGUACAUUGCCAUAAUUAUUGCUUCUUAAGACACAAACCGUGGAGCAACGCAACUUAAGGGUGGAUCUUCUCUCUAGAUGACUUAGAAUCACCUUAAUACAUGUAUAUAUUGAAUUGAGUCUCUUCAAGAUGUUGUCCGACUGCUCGCAGCUGUUAUUUAUCGUAGUUGAUGGCUCAGUAGCAUCCAUUUCAUUUUUUUGAAGGUGACUAGAGAAGAUGUACGAAUCCAGUCCUAAUCAUGGUACAUCUUGUUUGUUUGUUUGAUUGGCAGAGCAGGCUUACCCGUAAAAUAUUUGAUAGCGUUUGUGAAAUGAGCAAUCUCUGAUGUUUCUUGAUCUGCAUGGUCUUACGGUAGCGUAGGAUUGUCAUUGUUUUGUGUGAUACUUUAAUUAGCUAGUUUAUUGCUGUUUGCAAUCGUACGAUGGUGCAAAUUUGUAUUUUGUUAAGUUGUUGUUGCCUGUUUGAUUAAUGUGGUCAGUCGGCCGAACUUGUUUAAUUAUUUUGUUAGGUGUACAAUCGGAAGUUCCUCUUCAUCGCAGCUGUAAAAAUAUUUGAUUAUUUAUUCAUUAAACUAAGUACAUAUUUUAAUUGAAGAGUGGCAUAGAUUUAUUUCUGCUGUAGUUGGUCUUACCAUGAAAUCAAAUAUUAUUGCACUAUUCGAUUAUUGUAUUUGUUUAUUCUUGUAUUUCAUUUUUUUAACUGAUGGGAAUAAUUCACAAAUGUCUUCUAAACUUUUAAUAUUUAAAUUAAUAACUUUCAAAUUCGGCUACAAGUUUUUUCAAUCUCCUUAAGUGACAUAAUAAAUCUACAAGCUUACCUGAUCUAAAACGAUUUCAAACCAUCCUCAAAAUUUUCCAAGGCGUAAAAAAUUCAUGACUAACAAUAGAAUCUUAAUUUUACAAAUAGAGGUUCAAAUUUAUCUAACAGAGAAUGAAAGUAAGAAAUGGUGUGCCAUUAAGUGUUAGAUCUAUGAAAUUUGAGGAACUAAUUUUUAAGGUGAAAUGGAAAAAAUAAAUAAAAUCAGGGUGUCAUUACAUCUUAUUUUUUCAGAGAAUGGUUAUUCAUGAGUUCUCUUUUUAACCUAAAAUAAUUUUUGCAGAAAAAUUGAGAGUGAAGGACUGAUUUUAUUAUUUUCCGGACUUAUUUUUUCUUAAAAUCUAUCUUGCUCAAUUCUUCAUUCCGCCAUUUAACAGUCCGAAGUAACUCCUACCAUUUCUCUGGAAGCUUUUCAAUUGUUUUAUCUACACACAUUUGAACCUCUUAAAAACUGUUUUUCUACUAUUUAUUUUUUUCGUUUCCUCUCAGAAAUCAUGAUCCUCAAUGUUUGAGCAAGGUUUUUUUUUUUCACUUGUUAUGGAAGAUGACUUGUGUUGGAGGAUGAAAGGUCGGCCAUCUAAAUUAAAAGUUUUUUCAGUCUCUGGUUUUUGUCUAACUCACAACAAAAAUACCCUUUAAUAUUAAAAAAAGGGAAAUAAGGAGAAGGUGAGCCUUUGGAAGUUUGGCAUGAAAAAGAAAAUAGAAAAUACAUAUUGAAUGAAGGUUCCGCAUUAUGUUUGGUACUGAGAAAGUUCUUGAACGAACGCGGAUAACACUUUUGGUAAUUAAAAAAGACAAAGCUGAUGGGACCAAAAUCCCACCUUCUCAAAGGUACAAGCAAACUUAUAUUUUCUGAGUAGCUUUGACUUCGCAGAGAAUCCAAAUUAACACCCAACCAGGCUUCCUCUACCAAAUGGACAUACUUAAAUCAAAAGGCCUUUUAAUCACUUUGACAUGAGCCCUGAGAUCCAUAAGAAAACACGCAUGACAAGGCUCAUGUAUCAAUGUAUAUAGUUCAUUUUGAUUCAAAUGCGUCCAAAUGAUGUAAGGGUAUCUCUCCUCUGGCUUGUGCCAUCUCACAGACAACUUCUAUUGAAACAAAUAAGACAUCUGCAGAGUGUUAGGGAUAGAGACCAAUCAAUCCUACCGAAAAAAUCAAGACCUAUUAGAAGUAGAUAAAGGCUUGGAAGACUUGUCAAAAAUUCUCAUCAGCUUCCUUUGGAAGAGACUUACGUAUCUUAGAAGUUCGUAUCAAAACACAGGAUGUAAAUUUUGAUUAUAAUAGAAUCUCGAACAAAUACUGUUUUUAACUUGUUUUAAAGUAUAUUUUUAGUAUUUGUUAUUAGUUUUUUUUAUGUUGCCUUCAACCGAACGAAACUUGAAGCUCUUGCAGCUCUUCAUCAUUAGUCUAUUAAACGUAAUUGCUAAUUGAUUUGUGAUUUUGCUAUUAAGUAAAAUUUUUUAAAACUAA